AUGCUUUUAUCACAACUGAUUUGCUUUAUACUAAUAACCACAUAUCCCUUUGUUGUAAUCCAUCAGUCACAGUAGCUGGCUUUGACAAGGCCAGGUUGUUAAUCCUCUGUCCGGCGGAUUUAGACUUCUUCGCUAUUAGCAGCUAGGACCUGAUUUAAAAUGACAGCGAAAGAAUUGCAGGAGGAAGAAGUUGAAGUUUUAACAUCUAUUUAUGAUGGCGAUGAAUGUUUUAAAAUAGCCAGUGAGACUUCCUUUCAAUACAAGAUUGGAGAAGAUGGAAGUUACAAAUCAUUUUUGCUGGAAAUCAGUUGGCCUGAGAAUUACCCAGAAGAACUGCCAAAUAUCAAGCUGGAUACCUUUUAUAAUAAACACUUGUUAGAGGAUGUCAAAAAGAAAAUAAUAGCAAGACUCCUUGAGGAAGCAGAGCCUCUACUAGAGACUGCAAUGACAUACACCCUCAUAGAAUGUGCCAAGGAAAAUGCAGAAGACUUGCUCAUAGACCAGCCAAGUGCACCUCCUCAGGCUGCUAAGGAGAUAAAAACUGAAGAAGAGACUCCUGAGCAAAGCUCAAAGAAAAAAGAAAAGAAAGAACAAUUGACGAAAGCUCAGAAAAGACGAAUGUUUGACAAACUUGACAACAGAGGAGAGAAGCCCAGGGGGUAUGACUGGGUGGAUGUAGUGAAACAUCUUAGUCAAACUGGAAAACAGAAAGAAGAGUCUUAACUUCCAAAGAUUAUUAAAUAUUUAUAUUUUUGGUGCUCUGAGGCAGAUAUUUACUAAUAAAAAGAAGCUUUUAGAAGAUGUUUAAUGCUCAAAUAAACCAUGCUGCACUAUACUAUAUAAAUCAUUAAAAAAAGUCAUACCCAAUUUUGAGCACAUGCACUGUUUUAUUAUAGCCAUCUAUGAAAUAGACAAUGCUUUUUUUCAGCAUUAUUCUUUGAGGUAUGUUGCUACUACAUUAGAGACUACUUGCAGGAGUCUAACAGUUUGCUUUCAUACAAGAGAUACAUUGAAAUAUCAUAAUACAUUGUCUAAUGAAUGAGUGCAAUAAAAUAAACCUCAUCUGAACAGGAA